AAUCCCUUUAAUAAAUACAACAUCCAUGAAUGUGUUGGCAGAGGAAAUUUUGGCGAUGUUUUCAAAGCUACGGAUAUCAAAACUAAUAAAAUUGUUGCUAUAAAGGUUAUAAAUCUAGAAGAUACCGAAGAUGAAAUUAGUGUUUUAAUUCAAGAAAUUUCCUUUUUAUCUCAACUUCGCUCACCUUAUAUCACAAAUUAUUAUGGCACUUUUGUUCAUAAUGUAUCAAUGUGGAUAGUCAUGGAAUAUUGUGGAGGAGGUUCAUGUGCUGAUCUAUUAAAAUAUCAUAAAAAACUAAAUGAAGAUGUCGUUUCUUUUAUCAUUAGAGAUACUCUCAAGGGCUUGGAAUAUUUACAUUUUGAAAAAAAGAUUCAUAGAGACAUUAAAAGUGCCAACAUCCUAUUAACUAACCAUGGUCAAGUCAAGCUCGCUGAUUUUGGUGUCAGUGGCCAAAUAACCGAACAUACAAUUAAAAAAAACACCUUUGUUGGAACCCCAUUUUGGAUGGCUCCUGAAGUUAUCACAAGAAAAGUAGGCUACAAUGAGAAAGCUGAUAUCUGGUCUCUAGGUAUAACUACAAUUGAACUAGUCACUGGCUCGCCUCCUUAUUCAGACUACGAACCAAUGAAAAUCCUAUUUCAAAUUCCAAAGAGACCAGCUCCAACUUUAGUAGGCUCAAACUACUCUGAAAACAUUAAAGAUUUUAUAAGAUACUGUCUUGUUAAAGAUCCCUCAAAGAGACCAUCCGCUACAAAGUUAUUAAGACAUCGUUUUGUGAAAACCUGGAAAAGAAAUGUCAAUUUAAUUUCCUUAAUCGAGGAAAAAAAUAAAUGGUUACUUAAAAGAAAAUCUGCAAACAAAAAACCAAAGUAUCCCAUAAUCGAUCAAAAUGACCAAUCAACAAAAUCGUCCAAAAUAGAAUGUCAGUUAUCAGACAUUACUCCAGAUCAAAAUCAUGUUGAAGACUAUUAUAACCAUCAUCAAAGAAAAAACACCAGCAGCAGCGAGCUUGAAACAGACACAGAAAACGAUAUCACCAUGGAAGAAAGCUACAAUGAGGAAACCAGCGAUAUCGACUACCUGAACGACAUCAUUCUUUACUGCUUGAAAAGAGUUGCCAAUAGAGCCAAAACUGUCGAGACAAAGACGACAGUGUUGAAGUUGAGAAAAACGUUGGUGCAGUUUGAGGUGGAGCAGCCUGGCUUGAGCGAGGCCAUCAGUGAAGAGAUCUGGUUGCGAAUG